CGAUCAGUAUUACGAUAGAGUCUCUCCAAGCAGGGCGCAGACCAUCCUCAAACCCAGGCCAGCCACUCGACUCCGACGGUUCACUCGGCGCGCUGCAGGAAGGAAGCAAGGAAGGCUCUCAACCGAGCACACUCCGAGAUUCAUAAUCAUCAACAUCAUCAUCAAUCGUAGUCCAUCACCAGUGCAAUAGCAGUGCGAUUGCAUUGUCUCAGCGCAUGUGUGUGUGCGUGCGUGUGUGAAGUGUACACAUCCUCUACUCCAUCCCUCGGCGAGAUCCAGGAGUAGCUAUAAUUUGAUCGAACGAAAACUACGACAACAAAAAAGGAAUCAAAAUGUUCAAAAAUCAUCUAGCCAUGAUCGGCAUGAAUGAGACGCCAAACAAGAAGGCGAAGUUUUGGCAAUCGUAUAUCCGAUCCUUGAAAGGAUCCGAUGAUAUCCGUGCACACGACACUCCAGCCUACCGGCGACCAAUCCUGCUGUUCGACGAGCCGGAUACUGCGUCCGGCCGCAUCAACUCCCCCGGAUACCACUAUCUGCCAGUGCACCGGGAAACGUACGGCUACUCGCCCCGGCCAAUCUACGACCAUCACUAUGUGCGCUCGCAGCGGGCACCAAGCGUGAACAGGCUGGCCGAUGCGGAGAAGGCCUGGGCUGACCACCUGGAGCGAAUGAGGGACAUCGAUCGCAGAUACCCAUCGCGUUACGGGCUGUAUCUGAAGGAUAAGCCGAGCCAGGUAGUGUUUCCACAGGAAGUCGAAUACGAACCGGAGGCGAAGCCGCUGUACUCUACGCUCCACUAAGGCCUGCAUAUUAGCGCGGCCACUAUGGCUUCCGCUAAGCCACUGGCCGAAAUACGACGACUCGAAUACAAUGAUCGGAGUUUAAAACAGAAAGAAAAAAACACUAUUUACCUCUCUCUCUCUCUACCGCGGAUUGAAUAUGUAAUAGUCGUUGCUAUCUCUCUCUCUAUAUAUAUAUAUAUUGUUUGUGUGUUUUGUGUGCCACACAUGUAACACUACUCUGCCUCACGACGAUACACGAUUCCGUGGGAAAUACUCACACGCACCUACCUGGUCCACGAGCAGCCUGGACGACCGGCUCGUGGAGUGGAUGUCGAUCGUUCCGCCGGGAUCGUUUCCUCGUUUUUCCCUCGUUUUAUUUGUAGCGAAUACCUCUUCACACCUGACCACCCACCCCCUCCCACCGCUUGCUAAUGUAGCCCGAUUAAGGGCCAGAGAGGAGUGUUUUUGGUGUUUCGGCUACUCGCGCAUCCCACUCCCUGCCCGCCUACUUCUUCCCGUCCCACAAGCAAACAAAAAAAAAACAACUCAACUAACAACCUCGAUGAAUAUGGGUUGAUGUGGUGCAGUGAGUGGAACAGAGCGCGUGGCGCGCGUGUGUGUGUGUGUGAGUGCUGGGCUGAGUGUGUGUGGGAUUGUGUGUGUGUGUAUGUGUGUGUUUGGUUUUUUUUAAAUAGGCGAGGAGAAAAACGAAACCGACGAACGAAUGAAGGAAAACAAGCAGUAUCAUAUUAUAAAGUAUUAUAGCGUGAAUCAAAGGGAAGGAUCAAGGCUCCUCUUUGGGGCACUUUCCUUCGCUUAUACACUUGCAAACACACCCACUCAUACACUCUUUCUCUCCCUCUCUCUCUCCCUCUGUCUCUCACGCACACACACACACAUACUCGAAUAGCAUCGAGAAUUGUAGCUAUAUGUUACAGUCAUGCCUAAUGUCCUAAACAACCUACAAUUAUACUUACGGUACGGUAGUAGCAUAAUGUGACACAACACAGCGGUUAGCACCGGCAGCGUCGUCAUGGCGGACUGUCGGAUAAGUGUUAGGAAAUGUACUACCCCGAACCCUCAAUCCCUCCACCCCCCCAACCCUCAAACACCCACUUCCACAACCGUGCGUUGCCUAAUCCUUUCUAACCAGAUUGCCAGCCAGAUGCGAGAGAAAGCCUCUGUUCGUCACCAUGAUGGUACUUAAUAUGGCCGCCAUCCGGACCCGCCACGUACUGCGUACAUAAUUCAGUUUAACUUUACGAACAAAUACAUACCUACAUACAUAGAUAUAUAGGUAAAAAACCAAAACAUACACCUCAACCGAUUCAAAUAAUUUUAGCGGUUAUACAUUUCAAAAUUUUGCCGUUAGAUAACCAUAGAAUGAGCCGGACACAGAAAUACAUGUGGAAAGUGGAGGAGGGGUGGGGAGGGAGCGAGUACAUAGCAAGUACAUCGCUUAUACCUUCCCCCGUCCCUUCCAGAUAGAUAAAAAAAUGAUUUAGCCAUAAUAAUUAUCCCAAAAACAUGCACACCUUUUCAGUUAAAUAUCUUUAAAAAAUACGUUAUAAACGUUAAAUAGUGCUAUUAGAGAAGGGGGUAGGGAGAAGCCAUUACAUUUUCACUGUCGAAAGAUAGUAUUUGGGUAGUUUUUCGCACCAUAAAUUGAUUUAAUCUCAUGUUUAAGGUUCUUGUUCAUUCCACUGGUUAUUUAACGGUCAAAUUUUGAAAUGUUCGGCCCCUAAAUGUAUGCAAUUAGAAUCGGUUAGCCUACCGAAUCGGUUGAGGUGUAUAUAUUGGUUUUUUACCGAUAUAUAUAUAUAUAUAUAUAUAUAUAUAUAUAUAUAUAUAUAUAUAUAUAUAUAUAUAUGUAUAUUGCAAUGAACUGGCACUCUAUUUGAGAGGGAGAUCGUUAGUAAAGGUCCCAAAACGGAAAGGGGUAACGGAUGUAAGAAACAACACAUCGGGGAACGCACAGCCGGGCGUUUGGCGGCCUGCACGAUUCUUGCGAUAGGACAACGUUGCCACGGACUCAAGGGUAGCUGAAUGCCAGCACAAGAGUCCUUCACAAGACACCAACCACCGCCCCCGCCACCCCCACUUUCCACCUUUUUUCCCUUCUCUCCAUUCUUAUUAUCCUCCUUCUACCACCCACACAAACACAAAGACGAGACACGCAGGCUAGUGAGAGAGAGAGAGUUGGAUUGCUCGCGAUACUUGCACCGAAGGAGGAAGCCCGGAAAAGGUUCCGGCACACACACAUACACACACACACAUAAAUACACACAAACAACAUCAUCCCCUUAGCUCAUCGCAUAUCGCUUUAUUUGUUAGCCGUUAGUUUACCGGCGACGUCUAAAAUAACAACGCUUCGCUGACAACACAACGCUAGGUUCUUUUUCUUCUAUUCCUAGUUACCUAUUUUUUCUGUUCUAUUUUUUUGUUUUGUUUUUGUUUUUGUUAAUGCAAUGCAGUUGUUGUGGCUGCUGGGAAGGCCCCGAGCACACACUCACACACACAGACAGACACGUUAGAAAAUCCUCCAGUGAAUAAACAAUUCUGUAAACAAACUACCAAAAAAAGAAAAAAAAAACCAAUCUAAAUAAAAUCAACCUAGAGACGGA